CCGGAUUAUUUAUCUAAAAAAUUAAUAAGCAAAUCAUUCUUGUUUCUAAAAUCAAUUAUACAUACUAAUCUCUGCCUCUUAAAUUUAUUGUUCAAUUAGUUUGUAUGUAACAUAAUGAUCCCACUGGUAUUAUAUAAGUUAAUGAUAAUGUAUUAAAAAAGAUAAUUGAUUAACACUAUUGAACAUACAAUAAAGAAACGUACUAUAUGUAAUAAUAAUGUAAAUAAAAUAAUUCUGUAAACUAUGUAGAAAAACGGAAACAAUUUUUUUUUGCCUACUGCACUGAUGCAGGGAAUUGUUAAUAAAUAAACAUUAGAGCAUCACAGAUGAAAUCUUUGUGUAAAAAUCAUGUAAAUUCUUUUUAUACAAGUUUCCCAGUUUUUUACUGUUCCAUAUUAUCAAGUGUAAAUUAAAUCAUGGCAACUGGAGGAAUUUGCGACGCACGAUGUCAGGCAUUUUGGACUACGAUGAUACGAAGAGAAGAAGCGAUGCGAAUCAGAUGGUUUCUGAAGAACCAACAAAAACUGUUAGCUCGCUUAGAAAAGUCGAAGCAAAUUUCAAUGUCGCCUACGCGGGAAGCAGACAAACCACAAAGCGUGGACACUAUACGUUUAAAACCUUUGCCGAACUGGAGACCCAUGGAACCGGACGGUUCUAUUAACAUGAAUAUAAUGAAACCAAUUGACCCUGAAGUAAGAGCCAUUUUGUACGAAAACGCUCCAAGUUUUAUCGCUGCUGAAAAUUACGCUCGUGAAAGAUUAAAAGAUAGCCCAGAAGAUCGCUAUUACUAUCCGGAUUGCACAAGUUGGGUACACGGAUGGCGCCUUACGGAUUAUCCACCCGUUCCACGAAGCAAAGUCGGAUCAAGAAAUGUCUUGAUACGUGAAUUUUAUCAUCCGAGAAUAUCGAGCCUCCAAAAUGACCCAGAAUGGUACCGUUCGUCCCAAAAAACGCUGAAUAAAUGUAACAAUACAAGUUAAUGGACAUAUGCCACAAUGUUUCACAAAUUUGUAAUAGUAAGUACUAUACAUUUUCUCUUUCUCUUUGUGUUUAAUUUUUU